CUUGUGUAUUCAAUUAUCGAAAUGCAGUUCAGAUUAAUACUAAGAAAGCUUUAGGUCAUACUGGUUGGGGAUUUCAAAUUGGCGGCACCAAUUAUUAUAUCUAUGGUUCAGAUGAUGGUCCAGAUAAAAACAAUGUAAAAAACUGGCAUCAAUAUAAUAACACUCGUGCAAAUAUGAUGAAUUGGUUUAAAAACCAACAUUACAAUUAUUACGUCUGCGAAAAAGUACCUAAUUCAGCUGUAACAGCUGCAUUGAAAAUGAUAUCAACUGUCAAGAAUAAGCCAUAUAAUAUACCUCAAUCAUACUCACUUAGCGAUACUAUUAAAAUAUUGACAGCAUAUAAUGCACCAGGAAUACCACCUUUUACAGAUUUGCCAUCAUCAUAUAUUCCGAGUGAUUGGUUUGAUAAUUUACCUUAUGAUGGUAAUUCAAAAUAUGGAGGUAGUUGGUCAAAUUUUAAAGAUUGUUGUUGA